AUGUUUUCGAGCAAUUAAAAAGAGAAAUCAGCUGAAGUGCAGCAUAACUCUUUGUCAGCUGAGCAAGAGGUUAUCAAUACUACGGAGACAAAGUAAGUCUAAGAUGUCAAAAAGAGUAAGAUACUUGAUGGGCAGUAUCAGUUACUUAAUACUAUUGGAAAUGGGAGAUUCGCCAAAGUGAAAAAAGCAUUGGAUGUCUCAACAAACAAAUUUGUUGCAGUCAAAAUUCUUAAAACUAAUUAGACAGCACUCUCCCGCACUUCAAUGUUGGAAAGCUUCUUCUAGGAAAUUAAAAUACUGACUCAGUGCUCUCAUCCUAACAUAGUCAGAAUUAUCGAUGCUUCACUAGAUGGGACACUAAUUAAAGAAGAGAUUCAUUCUUCGAAUUCACAAACUCAUGCAUCAGAUUCAGAUUUAAACCAAGGAAACUAAAUAAGGCAGUAAAAUAGUAAAAAAGAGAUUGAUUAAGAGGAUAACAUUAUUAUAAAGAGGAAGAAUAAGAUAUGUUAUUGCGUACUAAAGCUCGUUAGAUAUGGUGAGUUAUUCUAAUUCCUUGAAUCCACCGAAAAAUUCAGCACUCUACUCUCGAAAUACCUGUUCAAACAACUUAUUGAAGGCCUUGAAUAUCUACAUUCCAUGGGUGUUGUUCACAGAGACAUAAAGCCAGAGAACUUACUUAUAGAUCCAAAAGGGAAAUUGGUGAUUGGAGAUUUCGGAUUCGCAAUAGACAUCUAGGACUAGUCAAGAAAGUAGGAUUUUGAUAUUGAGAAGCCUAUGACAGUGGGAUCACAAGAAUAUAAUGCACCUGAAUUAUUUGAUAACAAUGAGAGUAAUUGGACAUAUAAUGCAGCGAAGGCAGAUGUAUUUUCAGCAGGAGUAACUUUAUUUUUGAUGAUGACUAAAUGCCCACCUUUCAGAUCUGCUCAUCUAAAAGAUCCCUACUUCAGAAGAUUAAGUUCUCAGGAUAAAAAGGCAUUUUGGAAGAUCUUUAACUCUCUUGAGAUUGAAGAUGAGUUUAAAGACCUCUUUGAGAAAAUGUCUGAGAGAGACCCUAAAAUCAGACUCUAGCUCUAAGAUGUAAAAACUCACAAAUGGCUUUUGACUAUGAAAGAUAUGAAUGUAUUUGAUGAAUAGAUAAUUCAGUAGGAUCUUGAUACAAGAAACCAAAUUGUGGAAAAAAUCAGGGAAUCCUUAAUGAACGAUGAACAAGCAAGAAGGCAGUUGUCAUCAUAAUCUUAAUCAGACGAAGAUGAACUUGAAAAUUGUGGUUCAGCUGGGGACGAAGAAGAGCAGAGACAGAGAGUUAUAGAUUAAUAAGACUUUGAAUUAACAAGACUAAAGCUUAUUAGUGAAGUAGAGGCCCUAAGAACAAGAAUGCAAAGGUAGCUCAGAAAAUUAUGA